UUCUGUGUGUGUUCUUUUUUCUCGUGACUAUCAUAAAAUAUAAUAUAACGUAAAUUAUUAAAUAUACUAGAUUUUUGAAUUCGAAUAUGAUAUCUAAGUUAUACACAUUGUGUUCUAUCAUGUUUUAUUCUAUUGUAUUUUUUUAUCAACAUCGUAUGGUAAUGGUAUCUUAUUAAUUGUGUUAAUAAACCUUCUAAAGAGUUACUUCCUUUGUGAUGAUCUGACUAUAUCCAACUAAGGUUUGGGCUGUUUAGUUUUUUACAUGUCAGUCACUUUGUUAGUUUUCCGACCUUAAUAAUAGCUCAAUAUAUUGGGCAAGGAUCUGAUCAUUCUAUUAAAGAAGUAUUGAUACUGAGCCAGGCCCAUUUUGUACCUAUUCUUAACGCCCAUUUGUGGGUUGUGUGUGAUUGAGACUACCUUUCCAUGGAUCCCAUGCCAUGGUAAUUGGAUGCAAUCUUUGUUAAACAUAAAAAAGGACAGAACACUGGCCGAAAAAAAAAAAAAACGACAGAAAGAAAUAACAUGAACGACACUAGAAUAAACGGGUGCCUAGGUUUUCAAAAUGUGUUGUUUUCUUCAGAAAAAAUAUGAUACAUUUGCACCUUUAAAAUCAAUAAACUUUCGUCUUGCAUUUGGGAUUAUACGUGAAAAAGAAGAAAAAUCAACUCCGAGGCUACCUUGACCAUAGGUCAAAUCGUGAAUUUUCAUUAAGAUAUCUCAAAAAAUGGAGAAGGAAGUGGGCAACGGGUGUUCUUCUCUUGCUUACAAGCUUUUAUUCUCAUGCCCUUUCGGUCUGUCUCAGCCACAGCUGUCCGCAGUUUUCGAUGAAUCAUACGAUAGAAUUCCUCAUUCAGACUCGAAUUUGGAGAAUUCCAUUUCUCAGAUAUGGGAUCAGAGGGUUCAGAAAAAUGGAUCUUUAUUCAAUGGCAAGAAAUUUAGGUAUGGAGGGUAUAGUCAGAAGAGUGGAGAUGGAUCAAAGAAAGAGUCUUAUGUAUGCCUUCACCUUGGAUUGACAGAUUAUAAAACUUUUGUGGGGACAAAUUUGAAUCCUUCAUGGGAAAAAUUCUUGGUUGCAUCAGAAGAUGACCCAACACAGUGUCAACACACCUCGAGCCCUCUAGGUAAUGGUGCAAUUGUGGAGACAUCUGACCAAAAAAUAGUGCUGCUGCAAAGAAGUGAUAAUGUUGGCGAAUUUCCUGGGCAUUUUGUUUUCCCAGGAGGCCACCCUGAGCCACAAGAAGUUGGCAUAGAAACCCACGAGUACUGCAAGGGCUCGAAAGAUUCUGAGCUUGUUAAUAAAAAGGUUUUGCAGGAGAUGUUCGAAAGCAUCAUCCGUGAAGUUGUUGAGGAAAUUGGAGUGCCAGCUACAUCCUUGUCAGAUCCUCUUUUUAUCGGCAUAUCCCGCAGGGUCUUGAAUGUUAGACCAGCUAUCUUUUUCUUUAUUAAAUGCAGUCUUGAAUCAAAAGAAAUCCAUCAACUGUAUUCUAAGGCACAAGAUGGCUAUGAAUCCACUCAACUUUAUACAGUCUCAAUGAUUGAAGUAGAGCAUAUGACAUUAAAAAUGCCUGGCUGUCAUCAAGGUGGAUUUGCUCUCUAUAAACUAAUGGUUGAAGCGUUGAAGAAGAACUGAUGAUAGUUCAUUGCUGCUGCUCUCUUCGAUUUCAAAUUUCUACUCUUCUAUAUAUUUUCCAUCUUAGAUUUCAAAGCAAUAACAUCGAGUUCAUAAACUUUGAUGUAACUAUAACGUCAUUUUAAUUGCUUUCAAGGAAAUUCCAGGCUAAUUGUAAGCAGUGUGAUAUGUUGUAUAAUAAAUCAGAGGAGUUAUUUAUUGUAUUGUGGGGAUUUCUUUCUGUUGGACAUUUUCAUUCCAACUUGCAUGUAAUUUGAAAGUCUUGUAGCUUUAACAGAAAGAA